UUGUCAGACCGUGAUACGAUCGGGUCUGUUUCGCGAUUGUAAACUUUAAAUGUUGAAAUUUAUGUCUCGUGAUGAUAUAUUGUGAUAUUUGUGUCUGUAUUUGUAUAAUAUGAUGCUAGUGAAAUUAUUUAUUGUAUUUAUGUGAGUGCUUCUUUUGUAUAUUUUCUUAUAUCCAAAUAGUUGUAAAGAAGAAACAAGCAGGUGUUUAUCAUUUACCAAGCGCGCUUCACAUACAAUGUUUAAAACGAUGACGAACAUAACUCUUGAAGAAAUAUUGACAACAUUGAAAAGCCGGUUAUCUGUGUUUAGCACGGUAUAAUUUGUUACCUUGAACUCAAUAAAUUGGACGAGGUGGAAUAUGCCUUGAAAGAAAUAAUUGUCGCUGUUAACGUUACUUUGCUAUGUAAGAAUAUAUGGAGUCCGUUCGUUCUUUAUUAUACGCGAUUACUGGAAUAUUCUCCCGAAAGAUAUCUUCGAUAAAAACACUUUUCAUAAAUUUUGUUCUGACAGAAAGAAAAGGAGAACAAUUGCGUAUAUAUAUAGAAAAGGCAGGUCUCAUCGAUUCCAACGAUUUUGAUAUACAUACAUAUGUUAUCAAGAUGUAUCAUUGGCAGAGUCAAAAUGUUAAAGUUUCCGGAGUGGAUGAUAUGGUUUUGCUCCCGAAAAUUACCGAGGAUGCUAUUACCGAAAAUCUUCGAAAGAGAUACAUGGAUGACUAUAUAUUCACAUGUAUUGGUCCUGUAUUAGUAUCGAUUAAUCCUUUUAAGCAAAUGCCAUAUUUUGGAGAUAGGGAAAUAGAAAUUUACCAGGGUGCGGUACCAUAUGAAAAUCCUCCACAUAUUUAUGGAUUAGCAGACAAUAUGUACAGAAAUAUGUUAAUCGAUAAGGAAAAUCAAUGUGUUAUCAUCAGUGGAGAAUCAGGUGCUGGUAAAACAGUUUCAGCAAAAUACAUUAUGUCAUACAUCGCGAAGAUUAGUGGUGGUGGUACACACGUGCAAAAAGUAAAAAACGUCAUUUUGGAAUCUAAUCCUCUUUUAGAAGCUUUUGGCAAUGCGAAAACUAUGCGGAACAAUAACAGUAGCAGAUUUGGGAAAUAUGUAGAAAUGCAAUUCGGUCCUAGUGGCCAACCAAGCGGGGGAAAGAUUUCGAACUUUUUGUUAGAAAAAUCGAGAGUCACUUGUCAUAAUAUCGAUGAAAGAAAUUUUCAUGUAUUUUAUCAACUUGUAACAGGUGCAAACCGGCAAAUGAAAUCUGAACUUGGAUUGAUGGAUGUUGAUUAUUAUCACUACCUCAAUUAUGGCGAAGGGCAUAAAGUCGAUGACGUAAACGACGUUCACGAUUUUGAAGCAACUUUAAAAGCAUUGAACAUAAUGGCGAUGGGCGAUUCCGAAGUAACUGAUAUUUUCAGACUCGUUGCGGGAAUACUUCACAUAGGAAAUAUUCAAUUUGUCGAGAACGGAAAUUAUUCACAAAUCGCUGAUAAACGAUAUCUUGAUUUUCCAUCCCAUUUGCUCGAGAUUUCAGUAAAGCAGCUAUCUCAAAAAUUAAUAUCACGUCAGUUUGAAUCGAAAUGGGGAAGUCAAUCUGAGAGCGUUGAUGUUACAUUAAACGUAGAACAAGCUGCCUAUACUCGGGAUGCAUUGGCAAAGGAUAUCUAUGCUAGACUCUUUGAUUAUCUGGUUAAAAAAAUUAAUUCAGCUAUGGAAACCAAUACCGAGGGUCUUGAAAUUGGAAUUUUGGAUAUUUACGGAUUUGAGAUUUUUGAAAAAAAUGGUUUCGAACAAUUUUGUAUAAAUUUUGUGAAUGAGAAACUACAACAGAUCUUCAUAGAGCUCACUCUAAAGGCAGAACAAGAAGAAUACGUAUCGGAAAAUAUACAGUGGACUCCGAUAGAGUAUUUUAAUAAUGCGGUUGUCGUCGAGCUUUUGGAAGGUAAACGUCCACCAGGUCUCUUCUUAGUACUUGACGAUGUAUGCGCUACUCUUCACGGUGGUAGCGCUGGCGCCGAUGCAGACUUGCAAAAGAAACUUGCAAUUGCAUCUAACGAACACGAACAUUUUCAUAGCACGCAAGACGGAUUUACUAUUAUGCAUUAUGCCGGUAUAGUUUCGUAUUCGGUUGAUGGAUUUUGCGAUAAAAAUCGCGAUGUACUUUUCUUAGACCUUGUGGAACUAAUGCAAACAAGUACGAAUUCUUUGAUCCAGAAAUUGUAUCCGCCAGAAAGUCAAACAAAUAAAAUAAAAACGCUUAGAUCCAGACCCACCACUGCAGGUAACAAGAUUAGAAACCAAGCAAGCCGAUUGGUCAAUCAAUUGAUGAAAUGUACACCACAUUAUAUCAGAUGCAUUAAACCAAACGAGACAAAAAGACCACGAGAUUGGGAUUCGGUUAGAAUAAAGCACCAAGUGGAAUAUUUAGGUCUAAAAGAAAAUAUUAGAGUACGUAGGGCUGGUUUUGCAUAUAGAAGACCGUUCGCCAAAUUUUUACAAAGAUAUGGAAUUCUCACGAAAGAAACCUGGCCACGUUGGUCUGGUAAUGAAAAACAGGGAGUCGAAUGGAUAUUAAAAAGCCUCGAUAUUAAUCGAUCGCAGUAUCAACUUGGAAAAACAAAACUAUUUAUAAAAGCUCCUGAAAGUCUUUUUACGCUAGAAGAAGCAAGAGAUCGGAAAUAUAACAUGUACGCUAGAGUAAUUCAAAAAGCAUUCAAAAAGUACUUUGCUCGAAAGAGGCAAGAACAAGAAAGACAAGAAGCAGCUGAUUUGUUGUUUGGUCGGAAAGAACGUAGACGAGCUAGCUUAAACAGACAUUUCAUGGGCGAUUACAUCGGAUUGGACGACAAACCUCAAAUAUUAAAUUUAAUUGGAAGAAGGGAGAAAAUUUUUUUUGCUGAAGUUGUGAAAAAGUAUGACAGGAGAUUCAAGACGAGUAGAAUAAAUUUUAUUCUCACCAACAAAUACUUAUACCUUAUCGGUCAAGAGCAAAUCAAGAAGGGCCCAGAGAAAGGCAAAUUAGUAGAAAUUAUAAAACGGAAAUUACCAUUCAAUCAGAUUAGUUAUGUAUCAUUAAGUAAACUUCAAGAUGGUUUUCUCAUUAUUCAUGUGAAAGAAGAUUACGAUAGCUUAUUAGAGUUAGUAUUUAAAACAGAAUUUUUGAUUAAUCUUAGCAAGAGAUACGUCGAAGAAACUGGUCAUAUUCUAAAUAUAAAAUUUAGUAACAAUUUAGAAUAUAAGGUUAAAAAGGAAGGAUGGGGAAGUGGAGGUACAAGAGAAAUACAUUUUAUACAAAUGGAAUAUAGGAAUAAAGAAAUUUUGAAAACAAGUGGAAAAAUUCUAAACGUUUGGAUUGGGCCAGGAUUGCCAUGCACCACUAAUCCAAAUAUUACUAAAGCAACGACGUCGACGAAGCAACAAUACAACACGUUGAAAAAUAGUCAUCCUUUUUCAGCAGUUAAUUUGCAAUCAGGCCCAAACAGAUCAAUUCAGAAAACUACUCGAUCUGUAAUUACAGAACAAAAUCAAAUUUUGGAUCGUAAAUUGAAUAAUGUAUCACCUCCGAAUACGAACGUAUCCGGAGAACCUACUUUUCAACUACCUGUGAAAAAGAUAUCAACAGUUAAUCCUUCGAAUACUUUACAUACAUCCACGGAAACAAAAGAGAAAAAGCAGAUAACAAAGCAACCGAGAAAGAUACAAAAUAAUGGUGUGCCUCUGAUGGGCAUGUAUACCAAUCCAAACGACGUACCCCGAGCAGGUUUACUGAAAUUUCCGCCGCCUCCUUCCGAACCACCGCCACCACAAACACCACUUGCUCAUCCAGGAUUUCGACUUCCGCCGAUUGAUAGCAACGAUCGCAUGAAUAAUAUUAAAGACGUAAAACAUAACAAAGGGAUGCAAACAGUUAUUGGGCAAGUAGUAAAUAAAACUGGAGAUAACAAUUCUCGUGUUGUUCCGCCUAAUAAACCACAUCCGCAAAAACCAGCAGUGCCUAAGUUACCUAAAGCUAGAGCUUUGUACGAUUACAAUCCUCAAGAUCACGAUGAGAUAGGACUCAAAGAAGGUGACAUUGUUGAGAUACUUAAAGAACACGAAGGUGGUUGGUGGUACGGUAGGUUAAAAGGAAAGAAAGGGCUGUUUCCAUCAAACUACGUUGUCAAGAUAUAAAGUACUUUGUUGUAUAUUUUUAGAAUAAUCGUUAUAACGUUAUUGUAAUAAUUUAAAAAGAUAUUAUUUAUAUAGUUAAAAUAUAGUAGCUAUUUUUCACAACCAAAUGAAAUGUAUUUGUAAGAAAUUUAAUAGAUUAAUUUUUUGUUGUUAAAAUUAAUAUAUUUUUUAUGCGAUAUAUUCUACGCUGCAACGAAAGCUAACCAAAUUUUAGAAAAGAAAACAAUUUGUAAAGAAAAUGGAACAACCAAAAAGUUAAAAGAACAUGUAUUGCUCUGUAGAAGCGUAGAUCGUAUGAAUCUAAAGUCAGGAUUAGUUUCUAUUGCAACAGAAAAAUCUAAAAUCGUAGAAAGUAUAAAGUAAAAGAUAAAUACUGUAUCUGGUCUUCUAAUAAUUCCAACACCUUUUAAUUCGUAAAAUAUAUUUUUUGUAUUAAAUAUUUCCUGAAAUUCUAUGUUUGUUGUGAUUUUUUAUUCGGCGUGUUCAAUCGAAGCAUUCAUUUCAAAAUCUCCGUCAUUUCUCAUUUUCUUAUUCAAACUCGCAAUUUCCAUCAUUAAUAACUGUAACAACAAAGUAUAACUGUAUCAGUAAAUUUAUACGAUGUACGAUACUACAGAGUGCGAACUGUGUUCAUUACUAUACGUGUAAUACAAGAUACAUAUAUUUUUAAUCUUUCCGAACGGACUGCAGGAGUAUAAGCUACAAAUGAAUAUAAGAAGAAAAGUUCCAUUGUUACGUUUUAUUAUACAAGAUUGUAGGCGAAUAUCAAACACAGCUUAAAAUACGAGUGUAGAGAAUUUUGCAUCACAGGAUACGAAAAUUAAGUAAGUACUUUUAUAUUUACUUAAACCUGUAUUCUAAUUGUUAAAAUACUUCGUUGUAGCAAACAGUUAAUAUCAGUUGAUAACGAUUACUCGAUAGACUCUUGUUUCAAAAUGCAAAAUUCCCUACAAGAUGUAUAUGUCAAUUCGCUUAUAACUUUGUAUACAAGUAACAGACUUGCAACAAAAGUUUGUAUAAUAUUCUUGUUUUAGUUUCAUUUGCGAGUUAUUCUCCUACAGGUUGCCGGGCUGAUUGAAAAAGACUGUAAACAAUGCAGCUUAACACGAUGCUUCGAAUAUUUUUGUAGGUCAAUAUUUUUAGCGUUUCGUAAUAAACAAUAAUAAAGCAAAGAUCGCAAUGUAUUUCCGAAGUAAAAAAUGUAAUACUCCGUGUUCAAUUAUAAUACUUUUAUAAAUGAGUUAAUACUUCUACCAUGGAUAUUAUACAUGUAUUCGUGCAACGCUCGUUGCAGCUUACUUCUAUGGGGUUAUCCUGAAACGAAGCGUUUCGAAUUGUGUUAACGUCCUUUAUUUGCCUUAACUGCCUUUGAUUAGUCAGUGGGGACCAUAAAUAACACGGUUGAUAACCCAAAGACCAACUAUAAUCGAUUAUAGUAUUCUUAAGCAAGAGUUUUACAAUUCGAACAUGGGUAAUUACAGAAAAGUACUACCGCCUCGCCUAUUUCGAACAACUUUUUACUUUUUCCGUUUAAUAUGUUGAUUUCUGUAACAUUAAGAAAUUGUCGAAAUCGAUCAGGCGGCAGUACUUGUAAAUAAUUACCGGAAUACGUUCUAACAUUCUGCAUUGUAAAAUUGUUUCGUUCGUUUUACAAUACAAAUUUUAUAAUAAAUUAUAUGUAUCUGAGCCAAAGUAUGAAAAACUGUUUCUGUUGUUUUUCAGCGUUUAUUUAUUAGUCGUUAAACAGUAUUAAUUGAAUUUAGUCGUAAAUUAUAACCAACGAGUGAUGUAAAAUUGUUAUAUGAACAAUUAAAUAAAUAAAACUUGUAACAGUUUGUAAAAUGGUCGGAGAUACGUAAUUUGUUAAUAAAGAUAUGUUUGAAAAUAUAAA